AGGGUAGAUGCCCGUGGGCAGAGCCUUGGAGGCUUCAGCCACAGCGUCGGCCUUCCCGCUGUCCAGCGGCAGAAGGCGCUCUGCGCAAUCGCAGGCCCGCGGCCGAGCCGGCUCUGCCGACGCACUAGGCGCCGUUCUGUGUGGCAGUCGGGCCGGCUACUUCCUUGGCACCGCAGCGUUGCCGGGCUCCAGCUCCGCGGGGCGGCCAUGGCGCGGCUCCCGAGGCUCGCCGUUUUCGAUCUGGAUUACACGCUCUGGCCUUUCUGGGUGGACACGCACGUAGAUCCCCCGUUCCACAAAAGCAGUGAUGGAACUGUACGAGAUAGGCUGGGCCAGAACGUCCGGCUGUACCCGGAGGUACCUGCCGUCCUGGACCGAUUGCAGGGCCUUGGGGUGCCCAUCGCGGCCGCCUCACGGACAGGUGAGAUAGAAGGGGCCAGUCAGCUACUGGAGCUCUUUGACCUUGUCAGAUACUUUGUUCAUCGAGAAAUCUAUCCAGGCAGCAAGGUCACACACUUUGAAAGACUACAGCAGAAGACUGGAGUUCCUUUCUCCCAGAUGGUCUUCUUUGAUGAUGAGAAGCGGAAUAUCGUAGACGUCGGCAAACUCGGUACUGAGCGGUGAAGGUGUUACCUGCAUUCACGUCCACAAUGGAAUGAGUCUUCAAACUCUAGCUCAAGGAUUAGAGACAUUUGCAAACGCCCGGGCUGGGUCCUGAGUUCCAGCCCUGUGCAUC